CCUCUCGAGACUCGCUCCAGCUCCCACCACCCUCACACACUCUCCUCAACUACCACCAUGACGGACAAGGUCGGCCUCCGCCUCGGCUACAAGGCCCCCAACUUUGACGCCGAGACGACCCAGGGCAAGAUCAACUUCUACGACUACAUCGGCGACUCCUGGGUCAUCCUGUUCUCGCACCCUGCCGACUUUACCCCGGUGUGCACUACCGAGCUCGCCGAGGCUGCUCGCCUCGCCCCCGAGUUCAAGAAGCGCAACGUCAAGCAGAUCGGCCUCUCGUGCAACGAGCUCGGCUCGCACGAGAAGUGGGUCGCCGACAUCAACACGUUCGGCAAGGUCGACCUCGCGUUCCCCAUCAUUGCCGACCCGUCGCGCAAGAUUGCCCAGCUCUACGACAUGCUCGACGAGCAGGACCUGACCAACCUCGACGACAAGGGCAUCCCCUUCACGGUCCGCACCGUCUUCGUCAUCGACCCGGCCAAGCGUGUCCGCCUCUCGCUCCAGUACCCUGCUUCCACCGGCCGCCAGUUCAGCGAGAUCCUGCGCUGCAUCGACUCGCUGCAGCUCACCGACCGCGAGAAGGUGGCGACGCCCCAGGGCUGGCAGCCGGGCGACAAGCUCAUCGUGCACAACAGCCUCAAGACGGAGGACGCCAAGAAGCACUUUGAGGGCAAGGAGGUCGAGGAGGUCUUCCCGUACCUCCGCUUUGUCAGCGUCUAAAGGCGGUCGGAGCGUCUUUUACGUGCGGCCGCUUCUCGUCGUAGCUUUGAGCAGUACCCAAAAUCGCAGUGUCGCUUUCGCCUGGUUC